AUGGCGGAGAAAGCCGUGUACGUCUCAUCUGAGGAUCGCGAUGAUGAAAUUUUCCACGUUCAACCUAGACCCGAAGCUCGAAUCAGAUUCGGCGCUCAAGAUGAGGAGGCAGGUAGACAGACAAACAUACUUCCCAGAAUGGCCCGGACAGCCACGAACAGCUCACAGCUAUCAACGACAAGUUCAAGGCGCCGUAGAGUGUCCAUCGAUCCAGCGGCUGCUCUGCCAAUUACUUAUCGCACAGUCUCCUUUGCAAUUGAAGAGAGUAAAGAGAAGCAAAGGCUGGAAGCAGAUCGUGCAAAGAAGGAUGCGGCAGCUGAGCUUGGUGAUUUGGAGUGGCAUACUUUGUCGACAGAUAAGGUUAUAAGCCGAUUGGAGACAUCACUUGCUCAGGGUCUCUCCAAAGAGCAGAUCGAAGUCAAAACCAAAGAAUUUGGAAAGAACAUGCCUUCGAAGCCACCGUCGGACUUGAUCUCGAGGGUCUUUGGAUAUCUGUUCGGUGGAUUUGGAUCCGUAUUAUUAAUUGGUGGUAUUCUGGUCACCAUCUCCUAUAAACCACUCGGAGAGCCAAAUCCGUCACAGGCCAAUCUAGCUCUUGCGAUUGUCCUCUACGCCGUCUUCGUGAUCCAAGCUCUAUUCAAUGCAUGGCAGGACUGGUCAUCUUCUCGCACAAUGGCGUCCAUCUCAGGCAUGCUUCCCGACGAUUGCUUCGUCCUCCGCAAUGGCAACCGCGUAGAGCUCGCCGCGAUCGACCUGGUUCCCGGUGAUGUUCUUUAUAUAAAAUCUGGCAACAAGCUACCUGCAGAUGUUCGAUUUGUUGAAAUCUCAUCCGAUGCUAAAUUCGAUCGCUCUAUCUUGACAGGAGAAUCGCAACCUAUUCCUGGCUCAAUUGAGAAUACUGAUCUCAAUUAUCUGGAAACACAUAAUAUUGGUAUGCAGGGAACACAUUGCAUCUCCGGAAGUGCUAUAGGAGUUACCGUGAGCACGGGGGAUAAGACAGUGUUUGGAAAGAUUGCUACAUUGACUAAUACGCCUAAAACGGGUAUGACUACGUUGCAGAAGGAGAUCUUGAGGUUUAUCAUAAUCAUCUGUUCCAUUAUGGUGUUUUUCAACAUAGUUGUUAUCAUCUGUUGGGCCGCAUGGUUGCGACACAGUCAUCCUGACUGGAUCUCCACCGCCGUAUUGAUUGUCGACAUUGUUACAGUAGCAGUGGCCUUCAUCCCAGAGGGUUUACCCAUCGCACUAACCGCUUCUUUGACCAUUACUGCUAAUAUUAUGAAGCGCAACCAAGUUCUUUGUAAAUCGCUAAAGACUGUCGAGACCUUGGGAGCUGUAUCAGUUAUUUGCUCGGAUAAGACUGGAACGUUGACAAAGAAUAAAAUGUUUGCAACCGAGUGUUCAGUUGCAGAAAAAACAAUGAGCCCCGAACAAGCUGUCGAAUUCCAAAAGUCCAAUGGCAUUACUACCAAUUCUGUGGCUCAAUUACGUUCCAUCGCAGGAUUGUGUAACGCCGGUGAAUUUGAUGCUGCUACGCUUAAUCUACCUCUUUUAGAACGAAAGAUUGCGGGAGAUGCGACAGAUCAGGCAAUCCUUCGAUUAUCAGAAACAUUUGGAGAGGUUCGAAAGUUGCACAUGCUAUGGAGAAAGACUUUCGAGCUAGCAUUCAACAGCAAAAAUAAAUUCAUGAUCAGAACUCUAACGCUAUCCGACCCGGAAGGCUUGGAACUUGCGGUAUCACCUGAAGAGUUGGCGAUAUGGAGGAAGGAAGACCUCCUGUUGACUAUCAAAGGAGCUCCAGAUAUCCUCGUGGAACGUUGCACCAAAUAUGUUGGCGAGGAUGGUCAUGUCUACCCAUUGGAUGCGGAUAUAAAGACCUCUAUCGAUGAGAUCAAAAACAGGUGGUCGAGUCAGGGAAAGCGAGUGAUCUUACUUGCAAGAAAGGUACUCCAAGGCCAUCAAAGCCAGCACAGACCCGAAAAUAAUACCUUUGAAGCCGAAAUUAUGCGACAAGCCGGUAGCGAACUGAUCUUAGUGGGACUUGUUGGUAUUGUAGAUCCUCCCAGAGAUGAAAUACCAGACGUGGUACAAGUUCUCAGGAGGGCCGGCAUUCGAAUCUUUAUGGUCACUGGUGACUUUAAACUCACUGCUCAAGCGAUCGCUAUCGAAUGCGGUAUCAUCAGCAGUCCGACUGACAUGAUCCACGAUGUUUCUAGGCUCAACAGGAAUGGAAUGGACACCCCAAAGAGUAUCUCAAGCGGUGUUAUCAGUGAGAAAGAUGCAGAUCACAAGCAUGGAGAUGUGAGAUCGAUAACUCUUAGUGGCCCUGAGCUGAUUACUCUGAAUGAUAACCAAUGGGAUCAGCUCUGUCAAUAUGAAGAAAUUGUCUUCGCACGUACUACUCCAGAGCAAAAGCUACGUAUUGUCAAAGAAUUCCAAAAACGUGAUCAUAUAGUAGGUAUGACCGGCGAUGGAGUCAACGACGCUCCAUCCCUAAAAGCCGCCGAUAUUGGUAUCGCACUCGGAAGCGGUUCAGAUAUCGCCAUCGAAGCCGCUGACAUGGUUCUUCUCGAUUCGUUCGGCGCCAUCGUCGAGGCCGUUAAAUAUGGUCGCGUGGUCUUUGACAACCUGAAGAAAACCAUCAUUUACCUCCUCCCUGCAGGAACUUUCUGUGAAUUCCUCCCCAUCCUCACGAAUGUCAUUCUGGGUCUUCCUCAAAUCCUCAGCUCUUUCCUCAUGAUCAUGAUCUGUUGUCUCACGGAUUGUGCUGGUGCCACAGUUCUUGCGUAUGAGAAACCGGAAGCUGAUGUACUUUUGAGGAAACCCAGGGAUGUUAAGAAAGAUAGAUUGGUUGAUUGGAAAUUGCUGUUUCAUGCAUAUUUCUUUCUGGGUAUGCAAGAAGCCAUUGCGUCGUUUGCGAUGGCCUAUUGGUACUGUCAACGUAAGGGGGUUACAUUUUCGAUUUUAUGGUUGGGGUAUGGAAAAUACCCGCCUCAUUUGAGUAAUGAGUAUGUGCAACAUGUGUUGGCGGUGGCUAGCAGUAUUUAUUUUGUCAAUUUGGUUAUCAUGCAGUGGUUCAAUUUGAUGGCAACCCGCACCCGCCGCCUCUCAAUCUUCCAACAACCCCCCGCCUUCAACAAAGCAACACAAAAUCUCUGGCUCUUCCCCGCCAUAGCUUUCGCCCUCGUCGUAAUAUUCAUCUUCCUCUACAUACCAGGACUGGCAUCUGCAAUCAACAGUAGCCGAAUUCCGGCAGAGUUCUUUUUCUUUCCGUUGUGUUUUGGAAUGUGGAUACUUUUCACGGAUGAGCUUGGUGAGGGAGGGUAUGUUAUCAGGAGGGUGCACAGUAGAUACUUUUUGGUUAGAGAAGAGGAGAUCAUGUUUGGUGGGAGCCGUGCUGCGAGAUGGUUGGUGGUUUGCGUUGAGACUGUAGAAAUGGGAGGUCUUUGCUUUAGAUUUUGA